GUAUCUGCCAGGGUGAAAUGAAAAUAUUUCUUCCUUAGAUAACUUUGCAUUUCACAUUAUGCAGUCAGCUGCAACACCACAACUCUAUCAUCUUGUAAGCUUGAGGCCAAAGCUUCAAAAUCUUUCAUCAAAAUCUCAACUUUUUGACUUGGGGAUUCCUUUCUGCAGACUAAGAAUGAAUUCAGUUUCUGGGUCUGGGCUAAGACCCCUCAGAGCUGUGGGUGGUUCUUCUUCAUCUUCUGGAGGUGAUGAUGGGUUUGUCACACUGAUAGAGUAUGUGGGGAAGGAAGGAAUACACGUGAAGGAUGAUUUGGUGGUGUUGCUUGAUCACAUACAGUAUGCUUGCAAGAGAAUUGCAGCUCUAGUAGCUUCUCCUUUCAGUUACAGCCUUGGCAAACAAACAGGUCUUGCCUCCGUUGGUUCUGAUAGAGAUGCUCCAAAGCCUCUUGAUAUUGUUUCGAAUGAAAUUAUCUUGUCUUCACUCCGAAAAUCUGGAAAAGUUGCUGUCAUGGCUUCUGAAGAAAAUGAUGAGCCAACUUGGAUAAGUGACAGUGGUCCAUAUGUAGUUGUAACAGAUCCCCUUGAUGGUUCUCGAAAUAUUGAUGCAUCCAUUCCAACAGGCACAAUUUUUGGUAUUUAUAAGCGCCUUGAGGAACUAGAUGAUCUACCUAUAGAGGAGAAGGCCAUGCUGAAUUCACUCCAGAGUGGAAGUAGGUUGAUUGCUGCUGCCUAUGUUCUCUAUUCUUCAGCCACUGUUCUCUGCAUCACCUUUGGUUCUGGAACAAUGGCAUUCACUCUUGAUCAUUCAACGGGAGACUUUGUUCUUACAAAUCCAAACAUUAAAAUUCCUCCCCGUGGGCAAAUUUAUUCUGUAAAUGAUGCACGAUAUUUUGACUGGCCUGAAGGUUUAAGGCAAUAUAUAGACACAGUUAGACAAGGAAAAGGUAGAUAUCCAAAGAAGUACUCUGCCAGGUAUAUAUGUUCUUUGGUGGCUGAUCUGCACAGAACUUUGUUGUAUGGUGGUGUGGCAAUGAAUCCAAGGGACCAUCUUCGUCUUGUGUAUGAAGCAAACCCCCUUAGUUUCAUUGUAGAGCAGGCUGGUGGGAGAGGAUCUGAUGGUAAACAUAGAAUUCUUUCCCUUCAACCAUUCAAACUUCAUCAAAGACUUCCUCUUUUUCUGGGGAGCUUGGAAGACAUAGAAGAGUUGGAAAGUUAUGGGGAUAUCCAACAGAAAGUUAAUCCUGGUUAUGAAGUUUGAUGCUGUGUAUACCAUCUUGCAAACAAGUUUAGAAUAUUCAACCAUCAUGGUGCCUGACCAAGUGACUAAUUCUUCCAGUCUUCUUCACUUGCGUGAUAUGUACUGCGUUAUCCAUCAUCUGUAUUAGUACAUCUUUAAUUCUCUGAUCAUACUUGUGCUCUGAUCCAAAUAAAAUUCUGUCAAAUACAUUCUGAGAAAAUGGAUAUAAAUGUUUUUUCUCUGCUGAA